UCCCGUUCUGCCGACUUUACCUGAAUGCACCAUACCCGAGCUUCCUGGGGACGUCGCAGGUCAGUGAAAUGAGACGAUUUUGAGUUAAUCACAACUUGGCCGCGCUCAGCACAUUCAUACUCCACUUUCAAGGGUCCCCAUAAAACAGCAGAGCUGAGCCAUGGCCAGUAUUCAGAUUCGGAAAUAUCGGGACGACGAUGCCGAGACAGUAAAGGAGAUCUUCACCCUGGGGAUGAGCGAGCACGUGCCUUCAUCCUUCAUGCAUGUUCUAAAACAGCCGCUUACCCAGAUGGUGCUCAUGUGCAUAUUCUGCGCUCUCAUGACCAGCUCCAAGUCCUUCCUGCUGCCCAUCCUGGCCGUCACCCUGUUCCUGGCCGGAACCCGGCAGUUUGUCGUCUACAUGUUCAACAAAUACAUCGACACCACCCUCAGGAAGGACCUCAACAACAUCUGUGUGACAUACGUGACGCAGAAGGACUCGUGUUUUUGGGUGGCUGAAAGUGAUGGUCGGGUGGUCGGCACGGUGGCUUGCCUCCCUGCUGAGAAUGCGCCUGGGUGCUUGGAGCUGAAACGCAUGUCUGUAUGCCGCAGUCACCGUGGGAUGGGCAUCGCUAAGGCUCUGUGUCGGACAGUGGCUGAUUUUACACGUGACAGGGGUUAUCCAGCAGUCGUCCUGUACACCUCUGUGGUGCAGACAGAUGCUCAGAAGCUGUAUGAGACCAUGGGCUAUGAGAAGAUAAGAGAGUUUGUUGCUCCUGAGCUUACUGCCAAACUCCUCAAUUUCACUCUGUUUGAGUACAGACUGGAUUUACAGAGAGACAACCAAAAGGACUGAAACUGACAUAAAGAUUCCAGGGCAACUGUACCAUCUGUUUAUCCGGUUUCUGUGCUUAUGUUUUUUCCAGCAUGUAUUGCACUUACGGCAACCAAACCCUCAGGACAGCACAGUACCCACAUGAGAAGCAGUACUCAACACGCUAGCAUUACAAGAUCAGGUUUGUUUUCUCUUGUUACACACACACACACACACAGAGGAAAGAGCCAUCCUUCAUUAUUGCUUUCUCAGCAAACCAUUUUUAGACAGUUGUUUAUAUGUAACAUUAGUUUAAGGAAGUCUGCUUGUCCAUGGUCACCCUCUCAAAAGUUUGUAUUGAUUGAGCUUCUCGAAAGUCCAUUGAUUAUUUCAUUUUGUAAAGGAUUUAAUUCAUUUCUACAUGAUACUUAGAAUAAAAUCAUAUAUCUGAA